AUGUCCGAAGAGGAGGGGUUAACGGAGCAACAGCGCCAGCUGCACGCUCAGGCCGCUGCAUGGUUACAUGAGAGAAACGUGAUCGAGUUGAUUACUCAGUUCGAGGAAGCUGAGGAGGAGAUGGGCCGUCUGGGUGACGAUGACGAAGCUGCGUAUGCGUUGGCAAAACAGAUGGGGGCCUUGACGCAGCAGGCAGAGACUGGCCUCCAGGAGAUGCUUGCGAUUGCGCAUUCGGCGCCUGAGAGUCCGGGCGAGAGAGCCUCCCGUCACACGCAGCUUGUAUCUGUGAACAAACUUAGGAGGUUUCUACCCACGAUAGGGAAGGGGAUGAGCGAAGCAAACGACGCCGCAUCUAACAGGAGACGGCAGAUGGUCCAUGCCAACGGGGUCUACCACUACCUCUGUACGCGUCCCUGGCAUGGGUCGAUCUGCUCGUUCAGGCAGUACACCGGGUUCGACAAGGAGGAGUUCGACCAGUUCUAUGCGGAGCUGGGAGGUGAUGGGGGUUAACAGACUUACGGGAAAAAUGGGAACCUAUCCAAAAAUGAGAAUGGGCGUUUGUUUUUAGAAAGCAAACCACGCCUUUGCAACUCCCCCCAAAAAAGUUGACAGUGCUGUAGGUCUUUACAGCAGCUUUCGAAUGAGCUGUUGCUCAAGCUGUAUGUCCUCGGCAUCGCCGAGGUAGCCAGCAUCGCGAGAAAUCAGGUCGAAACCAGCACGAAUCGCUUUUUGCGCCCGUGAG